UUACGCUUCGCACGCUACCGAGUCAUUUGGUAACUCUUGCCCGACAUGCCGUUUGUGGGUUUAGGUAGAAAACGCAACUGCUAACCUCGUAACGUUACUACCCGGACUCCCCGGAAUCACCCUCUACUGUCUCUUCGUGAGGUUCCCGUGGACCAAUAAGUCUCUUCUCCACUGUAUUGGCAUUGGAAUUUACUGUGCACAGUAAUGAAGGCAGGGAAGUAUAUUUCACCUCAUAUUGCAUAUGUUCAUGACGUAUAGUUUUAAAGUUUGCAUUCAAGUUCUUCCAUGAAAUAAAGUGGAAGAUCAAGCUUCCAAAAAGACCCACAGAGAAUCAAUACAAUGACAGGACAAGAGAGCAUUGUGCUUGUCACAAUGUUCAUCCGUACACAGGAAGUCACAUGACAUCAAUGGCAGGAAAAGAUAGUAAAAGAGAUGCCUUAAGAAAACCAAACCUUUUCAAUGGCACAAUUAGAACCAUUGUUUCAAUGACUUUGCAAACUUUAAAUACUUUACUUACAACAUCUAAAGCCAGAGGGAUAUUUUAUUAUUUCCUAUCAUCUAUGGUUUAUCUUUUAUCUUUAUUUGCAACAGUAAAAGUAAGUUUGUAUAACCUGAGCUUUAUUGCCAACUAGCUUGUGCUAUGUCCGUGUGUAAGGCAUCAAUUGUGAAUUUGCAUGUUAGGAGUUACAAUGAUAUUAACAAUUUGUAAUGACUUGUUACUCAUCUUAGUUACUUGAAAUCCACAACCUACAGUACAAGUAUUCUUUACUAGACUGAAGUUCAACAUACACUGCUCGGAUCAAAGUACACCUGAAUUUUUCCGGUCCCAAACCACGGGCAUUACCAAAGGAAACAACAUAUGUGGAGUCUACACAUUUAAUAAAUAGUGUAAUCAUAUCAUAAACAAACGUGUAACGAUGUAAAGUGUAUCCUAGCUGAACUCUGUAAAUAUUUCAAUGACUAGUUUUACAAGUAUCUGUUUAUUCGCUAUGGACUCACUCAAUUCCUCGUAUAACAUGUUGUUUUUGUUGCAAGCCUGGUUCUUGUCAUGGUCUUAUCAGCUCCGUGGCAGUUUCUUUCUUUGUUUUGAAAUCAGAUUAUUUGUAUUUUUUAAUAGAAUGUGCUUACUUAUUGUCUGUCAUAGAAAAGUCAUGAAAAAGGGACAGUAUAGUAUCCCAUAAAAUGUAUGUACCACACUAAUAAAGAUAAGCAUAGACAUUCAGUUCACUCUAAUCUAUUGAAAAUGUAGUCCACACUAGAAACAAUACAAAUAGGCCUAUAUGAUGAAAGAAUAUAUAAUUCAGUAUAAAGAUGGGUCAUUUAUAAAUUAAAAAUACAUUUUUUAAAAACAAAAUCAAAUUUCUUUCUUUCAUUACAAAUUCCAAAGUGCAAAUAAACAAUAUCCCUAAAAGCACAAUGUGUGCGCACUGUGUGAGUGAAGGAGUUGCUGCGUCAUCACCAGAGUAUUGCACGUUCUCUCAGUUUGGGUAGGUUCACACAAUAUCAUCUGAGCACCCCUCCAGCCUUUGUAGAAACCCUGGUGAAAUAAAGGCUCUGAAGGGGUUAAUUAAUUCACGAGCGUCUGCGCAACACUCUCACUGCUGUCUAAAUUCAAGAUCCUCAGCAGAAAGCCGAAGGAAGUCGGGAUGAUCGUUUCUGCUUCACCGCCGGAUGAUACAUCGCAUCCUUCUGCAUGUGUUGCCCAUUAACGCCUUUUUUUCCAGCCAAUAAUUAUGUUUAAACUGUCAGACAUCCGGCGAAUACAGACUCAGUUUUCCCUCUAAGUGACAGUAAUUGUGGUUUUUAAUCUGCUGGAUCCAUUAUCAUCGGAUGAGCCUGCAGUAAAAGGUGGGGCUGGAUCAUUAUGUCCAUGCGUGUUCUCUCUAUCUGCUAUUUUACUGACUGCGGUGCAUAGAUAUUUGAUUAAUUGCUUAACUGCUGACCAAAACUAUCCCAUGAUAAUGAUGAUAGGAUGUGGGGAUUGUGAUUUAGCUGUAAAUCAGUGGGCCUUAUGUAUGCAGUUUCACCAAGAGUAUAUAUAAUGUAUCAGACCUAUAUUUCCAACAUGUACUCACACUGAAAAGGCCCACAACCCAUUUGUAAAGACAGUUUAAUGAAAAACAAUAUAUGCAGCUCACAGCUUUUCUGUAAUCAACCUCUAACAAACUGUGCACCAAAUAUUCUUUUUAAAUCCACACAGACCAUCAUGUCAAGCUCCUCUGACACCCUACGGUUUUGUUUCCCCACCCACGGUGACUCCAUCCUCAGCAAAAUCAACACUCUAAGAGAGGAGCACCGCUUCUGUGAUAUCACACUCCUCCUCGCGGGUCCACCAAAUGGCGCCACUGUCCAGCCUCUCCACUUCCACGGUCACAGAGCGGUGCUUGCGGCGUCCUCUGAUUUCUUACGUGACCAAUUCCUGCUCCACGAAGGCCGGGCCGAGCUGAGCGUGGGCGUCGUGUCCAGCGUGGUGGUUGGCAAGAGACUUCUCCUGUCCUGCUACACUGGGCUCUUAGAGGUCCCUCUGGGAGAGCUGGUGAGCUACCUGACUGCUGCCAGUGCGCUCCAGAUGAGCCAGGUGGUGGAGAAGUGUGCCCAGGCCGUCUCCCAGUACCUCAGUCCCACACUGGCUUUCUUGAAACUGGAGAGACACUCCGAGGAGACGGAGAUCCAGCAGCCAGACAGGGACUGGCCAGGUGCUAGAUUAAACAAUCAGGAGGAAAUGGAUGCAGCCGAGGAAGGAGGGGCGGUUGUGAUUCAGUCCAAGUCAAGGUUCAGCCAAGGAAAUGAGGUGGAUGUUCAAGGGCUGAGGGAAGUCAGAGGUGUUAAGAAGGUGGUUAUAGAUAAAGUAGAGUUCUCUGAAGAUGCAGCGUGCAGUCUCGAUACCCUGGAGUCAAUGGAAGGUGAAGAAAUCCAGCCUGUUCACACCACAAACAAGCCAACCUAUCAAGUUCGCCACGUAACGGGUAAGCUGCGCCCUUCUACAGCUGUCCAAGAUCAUACGUCACGCACAGCCAGAGUAAGUUCGGCUCAACACGAAGAAUUUGUGGACACUUUCCAGAACCAAGAUGAAGAACCAGAGGAAGAGCAAAGAUCAGAGGAGGGAAGGUUUUUGCUUUCAGCUCAACUGCAAGAAUGUGAAGAGCUGAGAGACUCUGGAGCGCAUCUGCCAAAGAGUCAUUGUUCUGGAGAUGAGCUGCCAGAAGAUUCAAACGGCAUUCUGAUCCAGAGGCCGUACCUGUGCAGGAGGUGCGACCGAGUCUUCCAGCACCUGGAGAGCUACGUGGGCCACCUGAAGGAGCACAAACAGUACUUGUGUUUGGUGUGUGGGAAGGGCUUUUCCCAGAGGAGUAACCUGACCCGCCACAUUCGUGUCCACACUGGGGUCAAGCCUUUUCGAUGCCCACUGUGCCACAAGACGUUUUCCCAGAAGGCCACGCUGCAAGACCACCUCAAUCUGCACACAGGCGAUAAGCCCCACAAGUGUCGAUAUUGUGCUGUGCACUUUUCACACAAGCCAGGCCUCAGGCGCCACCUUAAGGACAUUCAUGGCAAGAGUAGUCUGCAAAACAUGCUUGAGGAAGCUGUGGACUGAUGAUAAAGAAGCAUUUUUAGCACAAGUUUAGUUAUUGCAGCCUGGUCUUAUGAGUUGUUUUGUUGUUGGUUUUUUUUAAAGAAAAUGUCAAAUAAGCUGCCAGAAAGCACAAUAAACAAUAUGACACAGAUUAUCCUGACUUUGAGGAAAAUAAAGAUAAUAUAAAAAAAAAAUCUUUAAAGUAUUAUUUAGCGUAAAAUGUAUUUUUCAUAGCAAAAUCUCUGAGUACAGAUCUCACUCUGCUACACCAGUGUCUCCCAACACACUGACUGACUGCAUGCAUUUGCGCUGAAAAUGUGUCUUUUGGAUUGAGUGUUAUGUGAUAUGAAAGUUAAAGAUGACUGAGAUGACUUUACUCAGUGGUUCACUGAUUCUUAAGAAUUUGGAUAAAUUCUUACUUCUUAAAUUCUUACCUCCUGAUUUUUUCAUAAAUGAUGUGUUUUUCCUGUCGUUGCUUAGUAUCAUGCAACUUUCAUCAUUAGCAUUAAAUAUACAAAAUAAUAAUUGUGGACAUAAAAAUCACA